AUGGUCCAUCGCCUCGCCCUUUUCGGCUCGAGCCGCGCGGUGGAUGCUGCUGUCGUGACUGCAGCGGCAUGUCUUUCGCUUUACAUCUGGCUCCGCCCCGCACUCGGCGAGCCAUCCCGGCCGAGGAGGCACAUCACCUCGAGAGCCCGUGAAUCGGCUCGAUCGACUUCGUCGAAGGGUGCUUUGCCGUAUCCCCCUGACGUCUUCCCUGGUGGCCGUGAUGUCGAAACCGAGUAUGGGACGAUCAAGGUGUUUGAAUGGGGACCCGAGGACGGUGAAAAGGUCCUGCUGAUGCAUGGCAUUGGGACACCGUGCGUGGCUCUCGGGGACAUGGCCAAGGAGUUUGUCGAAAGGGGGUGCAGAGUCAUGCUAUUUGACUUCUUUGGCAGAGGGUAUUCCGAUGCGCCAGUCGACGUUCCCUACGAUGAGCGGCUGUACACGACCCAGAUCCUCCUCGUGCUGGCGUCGUCACCGCUUCCCUGGACCGGCUCCUCCGUCUUUCACCUCCUAGGCUACUCGCUAGGCGGCGCGCUUGCCGCGUCCUUUGCCGCCUACCACCCGUCCCUCGUUCGGUCCCUGACCCUCAUCUGCCCUGGCGGGCUGGUCCGACCCUCGCACGUCAGCUUCAAGAGCCGCCUGCUCUACACGCAGGGCAUCCUACCGAGCUGGCUCGUCACGGCCCUGGCGCGCCGCCGGCUGGAGCCGAGGCGCGGGGCCAGCGCCGACGUCCCCGAGGGCGAGGAUGCGGAUGUCGACUUUGACGAGGUCCCUGUGUCGGUUGAGAGCCGGACGGGCGUGCGGGUUGGCGACGUGGUCAAGUGGCAGCUGGCCGAGAACGACGGCUUCGUGGGCGCUUACAUGAGCACGAUACGCAAUGCCCCGAUCUAUGGGCAGCACGAGAAAGUCUGGGUACGGCUGAGCGACGAACUUGCGCGGCGGCGCGGUCCCGAGCGGGAUAUACCCGCGGGCCUGGAGGGCGGGCGGAUAUGUCUGAUACUCGCGGAGAAGGACCCUAUUGUCGUCAAGGAGGAGUGGAUCGAGGACUCGAGGGCGGUUCUUGGUCAGGACGGCGUGGACGUUCACGUCGUCGGCGGUGGCCACGAGAUUGCCAUCUCCAAGGGCCGGGAGGUGGCCGACGUUGCCAUGACGGCUUGGAAUAGACAAGAGAGAACCAUAAAGAUAGAUGACCAGUCUUUUAUAGCGCUAUAG